CCCUGUGCUGAUAGGUGGCGUGUGUUUCUCUCUCUCUCUCGAAAAGAAAGGAGGAAAACAGUGUCAUUCGAGGCGUGUGAGCGCGUCAGUCCGAGCGCAGGUUUGAGUCCUGGAGUGUGUGAGAGGAUCAGUCAGGAAUAACGCGCCUCUGUUUCUCAGGCUUUAUUCUGGACCCAGACACUAUAACACACACAACACACACUCCUGCAGCCGAGACCACAAGAGGGAGCGGUCCACCCUGCUGCUGUGUUUGCUCGGGUCUGAGUCCAUGCAAACUGCCAUCUGAUCCACGUUUAUCAAUGCGGGAGCUGAUCAUGGCGGAUGGCCCCCGGUGUAAGAGACGAAAACAAGCCAACCCGCGGAGGAAAAACGCAGUGUUGGACUAUGAGAACGUUGUAGAAACCGGAUCAGAGACAGAAGAAGAGGACAGACUUCUGGUGUCGGAGGAGGACGGCUUGCUCAACGGGGCGGGGAGUCCAGUCAGCCUCGUCAAUCAAGAGUCUGUGGCUCCGCCCUCUCCGACCCUGGGUCACACACUGCUGAGGAAGACUGUGGAUGAUGAAGAUGAUAUGAAGGACAGUGGAAUAGAGAACGUAUGGCACGAAAACGACUUGCUGAGUGCGUCAGUCGAUGGUAUCGAUGAGCUGAAGGGAGACUAUGACACUAUGGGGCCCGAUGCCGCUUUAGAGCCGGUUGGGAACGGUACAGUGAAGAGCGUUCACUGCGCUACUGAGUUUGAGGAUUUCUUCGGGAAGCGUAAACUGGUGGACAGUGAAAGUCAUGUGGUCAGCAUUGCCGAAUACCUCCAGAGAGGAGACACAGCCAUCAUCUACCCCGAGGCACCAGAGGAACUCUCCCGUUCCCGCCUCGCCACGCCCGAAGCCAACGGACACGAGGAGAACGGUUUAAACCAUGGUAAACAACUGCUUUUAGCCAGUUAG